UCUAAAGUGAGGAAAACACAUGUGGGCGAGCCAUCCGUUCCUUCCUCCUCUCAUAUUCUCUGCUCUGCUCUCCUCCCGACGACUCGAGCAGCCGGCGACGGCGAGGAGAAGGACGCGUCGUCUUCCAGCUGCCCUGCUCCCCGGCCGGCAUGGUCGCCCGCCCUCUCCACCGACCACCGACCACUGGAACUGGAAGCAAGCGCGCUGCCACCAGCACCAGGCUCACGCUCACGAAUGGAUACACCAGCUGCCUGCCCUCCUCCUCGUUUAAUGCUCACACCCACCGACACUCAACGAUCACAAUCAAUGAAUGCGUCUGUUCCUUCCAGCUCCGUGAGAGCAAUCAUCGCGAAUCUUGGCUGUAUUGCUCAGCGAUUGUACGGGACAUUUGAGGAAUCAAACGGAUCUUUCUCACUCACUCACUCACUCUCGCCGGCUCUGUUCUGGAACCAGAUCCCUCUGUUCUGCCUGGCCGGCGCUCCUCUCUCCUGCUCGCCCAUCCCUGCCUGGUCCUGCUGCUCUUCUUAGCCGCGCGCCUCGCCGUCCGGCGACAUAGCUCCCGUCGGCUCGUUACCUGUCACCACGGCGACGGCUGCUCCCAGAUCUGGAGCAGCAGGUAGCUACGCAAGGCAGGCGGCGUCCAUCACCGGCUGAGCGGCACCUCGUGCCAACGUAGUACGCGAUCCGAGGAUGGUCAACGUGGCCCUGGGCGCCGUGCAAUGGGCGGUGGCCAAGGCGCUAGCCCCCGUUGCGGAUGGUGUGCUAGGGGCUUGGGCGGCCAGCAGGAACUUUGGCCCCAACAUCGAGGCCCUGAGGAUGGAACUGCUGCUCGUGCAGGCCACACUCGAAAACGCUGCCCGCAAGGAGCUCGGUGGCCCGGCCAUGGGGAUGUUGUUUCAGAAGCUGCGGGACUCGGUGCACAGUGCCGAAGACUUGCUGGAUGAGCUGGACUACUUCCGCAUCUAUGACGAUCUCCACGGCAGGUACGAUGCCGCCGACGAGCAUGGCAAGGGUUGCGUCCACGACCUCGCCCUCAAUGCUCGCCACACCGCCAAAGCUGUUGGCAAAUCGGUCAAAUGUUGCCCUUGGCCUCGUGCCAAGCGUCAACAGGGAUCACGUGGUGAUUCCUCCUCGGCUCCAGAUGCCAAUCAGGAGGUCAGGGGAUGCAUGUCCAAGCUCGGUAAAUACUGUUUCUCAUCUUACCCACAUACAAAUCUUGGUGGUGAUGAUUGUGACUACACGCAAGAGACACCAAAGCUUGAGUUUAACAGGGUUGAUUUCUCUCAAAGAACAAAAGACAUUGUAGAGAAACUGCAGCUUAUGCGCAAUGAGGUUACCAAGAUUCUGCAGGGUUGUGGCCCUAUAACUGUCCCAAACAUUGCCCAGAGUCGUCCCAUCACCAAAGGUCGAAUUGAUGAGCCAAAACUGUACGGGAGGGACUCCGUCAUGAAUAGCAUCAUACAUGAUAUCACCAAUGGUCAAUACUGUGACAAGGGUCUAACUGUACUCCCAGUUGUUGGUCCAGGAGGAAUGGGGAAGACAACUCUGGUACAACACAUAUACCGCAACCAACAGGUGGAGAAUCAUUUUUCAGUCAUGAUUUGGGUAUGUGUGUCACUCAAUUUUAAUUUGGAUAAGGUGCUAGAACAGAUUAAAAGAUGUACCCUUGCAAUUCAAAGGGAACAUGAGUGUAGCACGACAGAAGAGUUGAUUGAGCAAAGAUUAAAAUCGAAAAGAUUCUUACUUGUGUUAGAUGAUAUAUGGCGGAUUAGUAAUGGGGAUGAUUGGGAAAAAUUGUUAUCUACACUAGAUCAGUCACAAGAAAAGGGCUGCAUAGUUCUAGUUACAACUCGGUUUCAAGCAAUAGCACAUAAGGUUAAAACAACUGUCAAUUCAAUAGAACUGGAUGGUUUGGAGUCUACAGACUUUAGGAAGUUAUUCCUUGCAUUUGUAUUUGGGGAUGAGCAAUGUGGAAGGGACAAACAUUUUUUGCUUGAGACUGGAGAUAAGAUAAUGGAAAAACUAAAGGGCUCCCCUCUUGCAGCAAAGACCGUUGGUAGGUUGCUAAGUAAAGACCAUAGUUUGCGUCAUUGGAAAAGUGUCCUAAAAAGUAAAGAAUGGGAGAAGCAGAUCGAUGACAAUGAAAUUAUGCCUGCAUUGAAGCUUAGCUAUGCAUUUCUCCCUUUCCAUCUGCAACAAUGUUUUUCUUAUUCUGCAUUGUUUCCCGAAGAUUACCAUUUGGAAAGCCACGAGCUCAUUAGCCUGUGGACCGGAUUAGAUAUUUUGGUACCUAGUGGCCAAAAUCAAACAUUUGAAGAUAUAGGUAUGAGCAAUUUAAAUGAGUUAGUCAUUCAUGGAUUUUUUAGAGAAGAGGAAACUGAUGGCAAUUUGUUAUAUGUUAUGCAUGACCUACUGCAUGAUUUGGCAUUGACAGUUGCAUCUCCUGAUUGUCUUAGUUUACGCCUCCCUAAUGUUGGAUCACUAGAAAUUCAGCCAUCAACCCGUCACUUGUCUAUAAUCACAGAGGACUUGGGUGAAUACAGUGUAGCAUCCGGUGGAAAAUUAAAGAGUGAAUUGGAAGAAAUGAAGACAACAUUGAAGGUUGAAUAUUUGCAAACAUUGAUGUUUUUCGGAAAAAUGGAUGCAAGAUUUGCCAACUUAUUUGGUGAUUUUUUUGGGGAAGCAAAUGCUCUUCGUGUUCUUUAUUUGCCUGGUAUGAUGUGUCCCGUGGAAUCCAUGUUACAUAACUUUUCAGGACUUCUCCACCUACGAUGCCUAUAUCUAGGGACAGAGGAGAGCCAACUGCAUUUACCACUGAGCAUCUCUAAAUUCUAUCAUUUAAGGAUUUUAAAUCUUGAGUCGUGGGAUGGCAGUUGUGAUUUACCCGAAGACAUGAGCAACCUUGCCAAGUUGUACCAUUUCUAUACCCCAGGUGAUGAUGAGUAUCAUUCUGAUAUUCAUAAUGUGGGAAAACUUAAACUCUUAGAAGAGUUAAAGAUAUUUCGAGUCAACAAAAAAAGUGAAGGAUUUGAACCGAAGCAACUAGAGCCUUUGACCAAGCUAAGGGAGCUUGGCAUCUAUAACCUUGAGAAAAUAAAUACAAAAGAAGAAGCAGCUGAAGCAAAACUGAUAGAGAAAGACUACUUGAGAAGGUUAACAUUGGACUGGGAUAGUGAGCGAUCUAGUGUUGAGCCUGUUGUGGAAGCAGUGGUUCUUGAGAGCCUUCAACCACAUGGAGAUCUUCAGGUGUUGUGCAUUAGAGGACAUGGAGGCCCUUCGUGUCCAACAUGGCUGGGCGAUGAGUUCGCCGUUGAAGCUCUACAGUCUCUUUAUCUUUAUGGUGUUUCUUGGGAAGUUUUCCCUUCUUUAGGGAAAGCGUGGGAUCUUCGUGAGGUAAGGUUGGAGCAUAUCGUCAGACUGGAGGAGUUUACUAUAGAGAAAAGCUUCUGCAUGCUAAUCAAACUUAAACUCAUUGGCCUAGGAAGUUUUGAAAAAUGGGUUUACCCAGCUGAACAAGAGCCUUACCUUGGUGGAGACUUGUUGCCACCGGAUUCUCAUAUGUUCCCUCUUUUGCAAGUGCUAAUUAUUAGAGAUUGCCGAAAUUCUUAGGGUUGCCUUUUCCAAACCACAUUAAUUCCCCAGAGUGGUUUCCCAAACUACAAGAGCUCGAGAUACUGAACUGUCCACAAUUCUUGUCAGUGACUCCCAUCUCCUGGAUUGAAAGUUUGCGCAGUGUCAUGAUGGAACAUGUAAAGCUACUCAAGGAGUUUGCUUACACAAAAUCGUCUGAUGGAGUAGAACUGAAAAUUGUUGGAGAGGGUGAUCUGCAUAGCUUAGACCAAGUGUUGGUUUUUGAUAAAGAAACAUGUCUUGAGAAGCUGACACUCAAGAGGUGCCCACUUCUGGAGUUGAAACAUCUUCUGAUGCUAGCCUCCCUGAAGACAUUGAUUGUAGAAAGUUCAGAUGAUCUGAUUGGACCACUAGGAUGUCAGGGUGAUAUGGAAUGGUAGCUCCCUGUUGAGCAUAUCUCCAUCAAGGGCUUAGAUGGUAACAGUGGGAAGGAAUUGACAGAGUUCCUCCCCCACCUCCCAGGGCUCUCCAAAUUGGAAAUAGUGAAGUGUAAAAACAUAAAGCAGCUGGUUGUGGGUGUGGAUCUGCAACAAACAAUAUCAGCAGCGCCAGAGAUGGAGGAAGAUAAAAUAACAGCACCAGAGGAGGAAGAUGAUGGGGUGCUUCUCUUCCCAGCUUAUCUCUUUGGCUCACUACGGGAGUUGUUCAUCUAUGGUUGCCCAGAACUGGUCCUGGUGGACUCGCCAACUCUUGUUCCUGGAGGAGGAUGGCUCCAAGAUUUGCAAUCCCUCCAGAUAUUAAGAAUAGAGUUUUCCCCAAAGUUUCUAUCCGGCUUCUCGGACUCCGGUCACAUUUUUCCUUCCUCCCUGCAGUUCCUGGAGCUUUGGGGCGUGGAAGGCAUGGGGACACUGGAGCCCCUCUUAAACCUCUCCUCUCUUACCAGAUUAAAACUGUGGUUUUGCGGAGAGGACCUGAAAUGUCAGGGCUUGAGGUCUUUCCUUAUCAAUGGGGGUCAGCUCAGGAAUAUAAGUGUCUAUGGCAGCCCUGUAUUCUUUGCUGGUUGGGAUUUGGAAGACGUUGAAGGAGGAGAAGAGCGGCAGACACAGCUUGGUUCAUCCACAUUGCGGGAGCUCUGCACGGAUGACGCAGCGGGACUCCUUGCUCCACCCAUCUGCAGCUUUCUCUCUUUCUCCCUCACUGAGCUGGAUCUUCGUGAGAGUGGGUCCAAACGGAUGGUGCGCUUCAGCAAGGAGCAAGAGGAUGCCCUUCAGCUCCUUUCCUCCCUCAAGAAACUUGAGUUUAGGCAUUUCCAUGAUCUUCAGCAACUCCCUGCAAGGCUGUGCGCCCUUACUAACCUCAAGAUAUUGUCAGUCUACCACUGUCGAGUAGUCUUGUUGCCAAAUGAUGACCUCCCCGAUUCACUGCAAGAGCUAAAUGUUUACUGCUACCACGACGUCAACGAGGAGCUAAAACAUCAGUGCCGGGGGUUAGCGGAAACCAUCCCAAGAAUCUAUAUACACUGAUCCAAGGACUCAGCCUUGGAGUUCCUACAUUCUGCUAGCCUUGUAAAGCUCUGCUUUCUCUGUACAAACACAGUUGCCACACGCAUGACAUGAGGGUCCUGUGUCCGCGGCAUUCCUUCCUGUGCAAAAAUAUGGGAACUGCUGAGGUCUGUCACACGCGAGCUCCACUCAGGCUGUGUCACCGCUCUCAUGGGCCACUCUGGAGCGGGCAAGACCACAUUCCUUGCGUGGCCGGGAAGGUAACUGGUUAUCAUUGACCGGUUUAAUCCAUGUUAAUGGAGUACAUGGAGCUUACAAGAAGAUCAUUGGCGGUUCAGUCCUUGCUAACGGAGUGCAUGGAGCUUACAAGAAGAUCAUUGGCUUUGUGCCUCAAGACGAUGUUGUUCAUAGGAACUUAACUGUGGAGGAGAGCCUUUGGUUCAGCGCAAAUUGCAGGCUCCACUUGCACUAUCAUUGUCGUUUCUCUUCUGUGCAAGAUUGCGGCAUUAAGGUCAUUUUCACUUGAGCGAUUGCAGUACUUGAGGGAAAGAGAAUCUGGGAUGAGCACAUUGGCAUACUUUCUUGCCAGGGAUACAAUCGAUCAUUUCAACACAGCUUUAAAGCCAAUCAUUUACCUCUCCAUGUUUUACUACUUCAACAAUCCGAGAUCAUCAAUUGGCAGUAAUUACAUCAUACUCCUCUCGCUUGUGUAUUGUGUGACUGGGAUUGGAUACACUUUCGCCAUCUGUUUCAAUCCUGGCUCGGCGCAGCUGUGCUCUGCACUGAUACCUGUUGUUCUGACCUUGUUAUCCACACAAAGGACCACCCCUACAUUUCUCAAGAAUAUGAGCUAUCCAAAGUGGGCACUAGAGGGCUUCAUAAUCGCAAACGCAAAAAGGUAUCCUGGAGUUUGGCUAAUAACUUGCUGCGGCUUGCUGUUCAGGAGUGGUUUCAAUAUUCACAACUACCAACUCUGUAUUGUGGUUCUGUUCAUGUAUGGUCUGUUCUUCAGGAUUGUUGCAUUUGUGGCAAUGGUUCUGCUGAAGAAGAGAUGAGGGGAGUGCAGUUACACCAAUUUUUUUUCAUAUUUGAUCUCUUCAUUUUUUUUCCAUGUACAUUUGUAAAUAUUUUUUGAUGUUCUUUCUUACUGAAAAUUAUAGAAUAGUCACACAGAGAUGCAAAUAACAGAAUUCACACACAGAUGUACAAAAGAGUUGACACUAUUGACACCAUUUUGUUUGCCCACAUUAAUUUUCACCAUA